AUGGAUGAAGUUUCUCUAAACACUGAGCCAGCAAGCGAUGUUGAUGCUGAUGAAUUUGAGAUUGGAGGAGACUGUGCAAUGUCAGAUUUUAUCAGUCAAACAGGCAUUAUUCGAGGAGAGAACCCUCUCCCUCCUGCUGGUGGAAUGGAAUUUGAUUUUUAUGAGGAUUUGUAUAACUUCUACAAUUGCUAUACCAAGAAGCAAGGAUUUGGGGUUAGGGUGAGCAAUACUUGGUAUAGAAAGAGUAAGGAAAGAUACAGAGGAAAACUAAGCUACAGUGGUGCAGGUUUCAAAAAGAAAACUGAAGUAAAUCACCCAAGGCCAAAAACUAGAAUCAGUUGUCCAGCAAUGAUAAAGUUUAGGUUAAUGGACUCCAACAUGUGGAGAGUUAUUGAAGUUGAGAUUGAGCAAAACCACUUGAUUAGUCCAGCAAGUGCAAAAUUUUAUAAAUCUCACAAGAGCGUAGGCGUUGGAACCAAACGAGCGUUGCAGUUAGAUACUGCUGAAGAAGUACAAAAGAUUAGGCUAUUUAGAACCGUGAUCAUUGAUUCUGAGGGUAAUGGAAACGUAGAUGUUGAUGAAGGAGAAUCUGGGAAUAGAGUUUAUUACUCCAAUCAAUUGAAGCUUAAGGAAGGAGAUGACCAAGCAGUUCAUAAUUACUUUUCUCGCUUGCAAUUAAUGGAUCCAAACUUCUUUUAUGUGGCGGAUCUAAAUGAGAAAGGAUGCUUGAGAAAUUUGUUUUGGGCUAAUGCGAGGACGGGGGUUGCUUACAGUUAUUUUUGUGAUGUAGUUUCCAUUGACACUAGUGUCAUUUCUAUGCUUGGAAAACAAAUUUGA